AUGAGCUAUAUGUGCUAUAUAGGUAGAGGUAGCUCACAAGCGACAAGCAGUGAAAAAGUCGCUUGCGGUGUGAACGGGGCUUUAGAAUGCUGAAUGUUUCUAUAGCUACCAGGACACUUCUAACUGCAGCUGUAGUGACGCUGACUUUACCAAUUAGUGAUUGGCUCCUUCAUUCAGAAGGCGGGGCUUCCUGCGAUUGACCAGCCAUAUUGAGCAUUGCAUUUUUCCCCAUUCAAAACUAUACGAGUGACAUGUCUUGGGUAUUCUAUAGUCUUUGAGUUAGUUCAUGCUUAAAACGAAACAAAACAAAUAUCUGCCACUUUAAGAAUUUUUCUGUUGAACUGAGUGAUGUGCUCACUCUUGACAUAAAACAGCUGCAGGAUGUGUUAACAAUAUCUGUAUUUACAAGCCACUAUAUAGAGAGUAAUCUAUUUACAAAUAAAGAGAAAAGAAAGCACCUCGUGGCUGAAGAUCAGAUGCAGCACAGAGAGCGAGACUGAGGUGAGAGAGUAGAUUGAGCUUCUGCUCUCACUCGAGAGAUGUGAGGAAAACCCUGCGGUUUCUUCAUCCAGCUGUUGCUGAGAGCUCCUUCUUCCUUCAGCCUGAAAACAUCUGGAGAAAUAAAACUGGAAUCGUGUGCUUUAAUGUGUCUGAACACACUGGGCUUUAGAGGACCUGAAUGAGAGCAGCCGGUGCUCAAAGUCAAUGAAUCAUCAGAGGGAUUAAUCUCGCUGAUGAAGAUGAACUUUGGGACAGUUGUGAUCUCUGCGGGUCUGUGCGGGCUGCUCAGCUUCAUCCUGCUCGCCGUGUCCAUCGGCACUGAAUACUGGUACAUUAUAGAUGUAGAUGAAGGGAAGAACUCCAGCCUGGAGUACAGCAGCUCUCACUCCGGACUCUGGAGGAUAUAUGAAGGACAGAACGGCAGUUAUCACGACAUCUCGUUCUACACAGACUCGUCCGACCACACCGAGCAGGAGAAGCACCUUUUGAACUUGCACAGGGUCAUCGUGGUCCUGCUGCCUCUCAGUCUGGUGCUGCUGGUCUUUGGUGGGAUCUUCGGUCUGGUGGCGUCUUUGGCUCAGAGCUGCACUCUUCUCAUCUGCAUCGCUGCAUACUUCCUCAUCUGCAGUCUGUUGACGGUGUCCGGUGUGAGCAUCUAUAUCAGUUACUCUCAGCAGGCUUUGGAGGAGCUGCAGCACAUGGUGGAUAUUGAGUCACUGUCUCACGUCCACAUGUCCUUCGGCUGGUCUCUGGUCAUGGCCUGUCUGUCCUUCUCCCUGGAGCUGCUGACGGGGAUCCUGCUCAUGCUAGCAUCCCGUCUCAUCCACCAUCAGUGCCACCAUGAGCCUGUCGCAGUGCUUUCCAUGAGCCAGAGCUCACCACAGCUUCUGAGACUGUAGUGAUGAUGAUGAUCAUUUUAUCUACAGCCUUAUCAAGAAAUGAGUUUGUGCUGCUUCUAAGUAAAAAUGGAGAGUGCCGGGUGGCAAAUGAGACAGCUGCAUCAAUUAUUGAAAGAGAGUGCUCAGUCGGGGUCUGCCAAAUUUGUCUGCAUCACUCGAGUGUGUCAGUGCAAUCACGCUUUCCUCAAGGCUUCUAGAAACACAUUUUCCAGAGCUAAACGAUGUCAUGUGUCAUGCAUUUAAUGCAUAUACACUCUUAAAAAUAAAGGUUUCAAAAGGGUGUUUUUGCUGCGAUGCCAUAGAAGAACCAUUUUUGGUUCCCCGAAGAACCUUUCAGUGAACAGUUACUAAAAGAACCAUUUUGAAGAACAUUUUAAAGAACCUUGUUCGACUAUAAAGAGCCUUUUCUGCAUUUGAAAAUACCUUUAUUUUUAUGAGUGUAACAUGAUGAAUCCAGCCUUGGCAGCAUCUCUAGGCACACAUUUUGUAGCAUAGUGUUUUUUCUGUCAAUGAAUGAACAAACAAUUCUGGUAAAAGUUUGUGUUUUUGCUUAUUACAACCAGCCAAGACCUCUAACCUGUUUUAAAUUACAGUGUAAAAAGUUGUAUUCGUGAGCACACUAAUACUUUUACAUUUUAUAGGAAUUGUAAUACAAAUUCUGCUUAAAUACUUAAUUUACACAUAAAAAUUUUCAUACUGGUAUUAAGUGUUUAGUUGCGGUAUUUGCUUAAUAGAAAAUUGUUCUGUUGUAAAACUGUCAUAUAACUUACAGUAAGAGUCAUUUAAUUUACCAUCUACUGUAUACAGUAAGUCAUGUUGAAGUACCAUAAUAAACAUUACUGAUGGCCACCAAUUUUCCCUUCAUGUUGUAUAUCCAUUUCAUAUUUUUCAUGAUAAUUAUGACGCAAACUCAUUCAUAAAGACACUUUGCAAGCCAUAUAACAAUUUCAAAUGAAGCUAGUUAUAACUGUGUUUUCAUUUGUGGUAAUUACAUUUAUCUCCCUAAGGCUCACAUUUCAUUAAAUGUCCAAGACGCAGCAUGUGAGCUCAAUUCAAAAAUCAAUUUGUCACUAAUUAACCAAUCUAUUUAGGAAACCAAUUUAAGAAAUGUGUCAUAGGAACAGAGUGGCCUGUUUUCUUGAGUGCUCAGAAAUAACAUAAUUGCAUUAAUUUUUAUUCCAAUUUCCAGAAGGAAGUCUUCUCUGAAGACAGAAUGUAAUAUGCUGCAUUAUUUUAAGGGAAAUAUGGCAGCGUUAUAAUGUUAAAUUGCAGAGCCCAUAUAGGAAUGGUGACUGGGUAGCUGUAAAUCUCUGAUUGCUGCAUGGAGGCCAAAACAGCUGCAAUCAAGACAGCAUUAAAUGUCAAACCAAUUCUGUUAAGGAUGAAAAAUGGUCUGGUGAUAAAUGGAGUGAGGAAUGUACCUGAGCACAGUUUUAAAGUUUCUCUUAAUCACCUACACUCUAAAAACCAUUCUAUGAACAAGUAAAUGUUUUAUAAUUUUCUAAAAAUAAUAAUACGUUUUUUUUUUUCCAAAAAAAUUGUUUUAAUGGCUCAUGUCAAAAGAGUCCAAAAGAUAACUGUAAAUGCAUUUGGGGGUGAUCUGGGAUGAGUUUUGACCACAUUUAAUGAAGUUGUAAAUUAAAAUGUGUUCAGCAGUUGAAACAUGCAAUGUCACAUUACA